CCUAUCUCUAGAAAAAUCACCAGGCAGCAAGCUGCCAAAGGAGGAAUUCACCGACCCAUCACAGAUGCCUCCAGAGACCUGUUCUUUAUUAGUUCAGCAUGCCACCUCUGUUGGAAUGGGAAGUUUCUUAAACUUUCUAACUUCCCUGUCAGGGAGUUCUUUUGGUUUGUUUUUUGCUUUUUCCCUCUAACUGCCCGCUUUGAGUAUCUUGGACCAGCCUAGCCGCACCGAUUAGCCAUUCUCCAUUUCCAGACACAAAGCCUGGUUUGCAGAAGGUAGUGACCCAUGUCUAUCGGCUGAAUGAAGGAAUGUAAGCUGCUUCUGGGCAGGGAUCAUGUCUAUGUCAGUAAGCACUGUAUCUGUGGCAUCUAGAUAUGGUGCUCAAUAUAGAAAAAUCUCAAGAUAGGUGUGCUGGCUAACUAAUGAAUUAAUUAUAUCACCUUGGGUCUUAUAUCUUCUCACUCUUUCAGGACCAGAGAAUUAUUUUUAGUCUAUCUAAAUUAGAGCUCCAGUUCUUACCUCCUCACUCCUCCCUUAAUUGCUUUAGUUGUAGGCUCUGGGUAUCUUUCUUAAAGUGCUGAGAUCAGAUUUGUAACCAGUCCCACUGGCAGAAUUCACCAGAGAUUUGCACAAAGGGAUUGUUAAGUAUUUGGUUUGGUUUCUGUAUCCCAAGGCUUUUUCCUGCUAAAAUAAACUUUGCCACCCUCUCCCAGAGCAAAACCGCUAGUUCUGCUAACUGGGUCACUUGCCAGAGAGCCAAGAUUCUGUCUUUUUUUUCUCCUGGUCUUGUCUAGGGCCAAGACCCAGUGAGUUGAGCUCUAAAGACUUGCCAAGACUUUCUAUUAAUGCCAGUUCCUACCAUCAGCCCAUACCCCCACGCUCCUGCCUUCAACCAGACCCUCCACUUCCCAAGGCCACUUGCCAAAUUGUGUCUCUGGAAAGUUUGAAGCAGUUCCUGGCCUAACAUUUUUCACCUGGUGCCCUGGCAAAGGGCACGGGUCCAAGGUCACAGCUGCCAUCCUUCCUCUGAGGUCUUGGGUGUGAAAAAUGCUUCAAAUGAAAUCCUCUCAUUGAGCCAAGCAUUUCUGAGCCCAUUGCAGGUUCCCUGGGAAGUUGGAUCAAUGGUCCAGGCUCCAAAGACAACUGUGUUAGGAAUUUGGUAGCAGCUUGUUUUUAGAAGUCUAUAUGCGAGGCCAGUUAACUAAUGGAAUUGUCUGGUCUAGAGGAAGAAGGUCAAGGAGAAUUCCUCAAAAGGCAGUUACGGCGGAGCGGGGAGAAAACAUCGAAUCCGCCCGGUGGGUGUUUCCCCAAGCCCGGCAGCCUGGAGCACGCCGUCUGCCCUCAAGCUGCUCAGCUCCUGGGGGAGAUAGCAGGAGGAUGUAUUAAGUAUUGCAACCUAAGACUCAGAAAAACACAAAACCCGGUUCCACGCGGUGCUUUAGUGGCUAAAAGUGAAAGAGCUGCCUUGGCAGAAUUCAGCUCUAUGAAUCACUUCGGAAAAUUGGUUCGACUGAAUGGCCUUAGGAGGAAAAACGUUUUAAUAGGAUCCAGGGGAGGUUCUGCUGUUUCAAUCUGCUCCUUAAACAGGUGGAGAUUGGACCUUCUCAAUUAUACAAACAUGACUUCAUGUGAUGUCAGCUGAAUGUAAAAGACAGUGAUCUCACGCGGAGGGGAAGAUGUUUGCCAUCAAAAUGUGACAGAGGAGACACGCUGCAUGGCUCGGAACGCAUCUCCUUGGCGGUGGGGGAAAGAGACUUAGAGAAGAGAGGCUGCGCCCCGGCCCAGUCCAGCACGGCAAGGCUCGGCUCGGCGCGCCAUGGCCAGCUCGGCUUCCCUGGAGACCAUGGUGCCCCCGGCCUGCCCGCGCGCUGGAGCGUCGCCGGCCACUUCCAAGACGCUGGCCUUCUCCAUCGAGCGCAUCAUGGCUAAGACGUCGGAGCCCCGUGCGCCCUUUGAGCCCCGGCCGGGGACGCUGGAGGCAGACGGUGGCCAGGGCAAGAAAUUGCUCAACCUCUGCUCGCCGCUGCCCUGUAUGAUCCCCCUCCAGCCCCUAGGCUACGAGGUGCCGUCCAAGACGCUGCUCAGUUACUCGGAGCUCUGGAAAAGCAGCCUCCGGGCGGGCGGCGGUGGAGGAGGAGGAGGAGGAGGAGGCGGCGGCGGUGGCGGGGGGGCCCCGGUGUGCGGCGCCAGCGGCUUGUGCAAAACCAACUGUGGCGUGUGCUGCAAGGCCGAUCUGGGCCUGGCGCCGUCUGCGCUGCCGGCGGGCAGGGUCAUCAAGCCGCAGGUCAUCAACCAGGCGGUGGGGCUGCCGGCCAGCGGCUCGCUCUACUACUUCAACUACCUGGACUCUGCCGCGUACCCGCCGUCUGAGCUCCUCGGAGGCCACCUCUUCCCAUCCGGCCUCCUCAACGCACAGGCCCCCGCUGCCCUAGCUGCGCACCCCAAGCUCUUUUUGCUGGAGAACGCCAAGUUGGCCGGCCUGGCCGCGGACAAGUUUCCCCAUCCGUCCCCCUAUACCCAUAAGGAGCGCUUGCCCGCGCCGCUGGAGCAGGUGCUGAAGGAGAACUCGGCUCUGACCGCAGAGCGCGGCGGCGUGAAGGGCCACAGCAAGCUGCCCGGGGGCUCUGCGGACGGCAAGCCCAAAAACUUCACCUGCGAGGUGUGCGGCAAGGUGUUUAAUGCUCACUAUAACCUCACCCGCCACAUGCCGGUCCACACCGGAGCCAGACCGUUCGUGUGCAAAGUCUGCGGCAAAGGCUUCCGCCAGGCCAGCACGCUCUGCAGACACAAAAUUAUCCACACCCAGGAAAAGCCGCAUAAAUGCAACCAGUGCGGCAAAGCCUUCAACCGCAGUUCCACGCUCAACACGCACAUCCGCAUCCACGCGGGCUACAAGCCCUUCGUCUGCGAAUUUUGCGGCAAAGGCUUUCACCAAAAAGGGAAUUACAAGAACCACAAGCUGACCCACAGCGGCGAGAAGCAGUACAAAUGCACCAUCUGCAACAAGGCCUUCCACCAGGUCUACAACCUGACCUUCCACAUGCACACCCACAACGACAAGAAGCCUUUCACGUGCGCCACUUGCGGCAAAGGGUUUUGCAGAAACUUUGACUUAAAGAAACACGUGCGCAAACUCCACGACAGCGUGGGGCCUGCUGCCCCCUCCACAAAGGACCUGACUCGGACAGUGCAGAGCUGAGAGCUACUGCCUCGCCCUCCCUUCCAGCCCCGUCCAGCCCCCAAACAGAUCACACGUAUAAACUUAUUUCUAAAAUUAAAAGAAAAUUAAAAAAAAAAAACUAUAGCAGAGAGGCUAAAAUCUAUUUAUGGAAACCAGCAUAUUUUUUGGAAAGCUAAACGUUUCCUCGAUGACUGGCAGCAAACGCGUGGCUCCCACCUUUGUGUAUUCGGGAAACUUAUUUAAACCCAGUGCGCUGAAACGCAUUUCCUCCCAGGCCUCCGCUUCUCCUCGGGCGGCGGGUUUUCACCCCAGCCUGUCACGUGAACGCCCCGGAAGAGCGCGGCGCCCCCAGCCAUCUUUAUACAGCCAUGUAAAUCCUCCUGUUACAAGCGAACUCGGAAUAUAUACAUGUCUAACACAAUAAACAGAAUCACUAGUGCUCGUUUUCUUUCCC